UAUUAUUCGCAAAUUGUCAUUUUUGUCGAGAGAAUAUUAUAUAUAUACUUAGAGCAAAAGUGAUCUCUUCUUCUUCUUCAAAAAAAAAUAUCCAAUUUUACAUUUUGUAUCGCAAAAUAUUCAAAAAUUUAUUGUGUUUUUUGAAGUGGCUCGUAUAUGGAAAUAAAAAAAAAAUCAUCAUAAAUAGAUUUCGAAAGAUAUUGUUUAUCUCGAAUGACAUGGCAUUCAUAACCUCAAAUUUUGAUAAAAUAACAUAAAUAUCAAGAUCAUCACAGAUUAUUUAUUCCACGCUUGCGCAAUUCAUUUUUCUUUUUUUGAUAUGAUUUGCGACUUUUAUUCAAAAAAUAAAAUCAAUUAGAAAAAUUGAAGAUUGAAAUUUGUGAGUCAAACAAGUGAUAUUUUCUGUCAAAUUAUUCGUGAGUCGAACAGCAAGAAAUAUUUUCCGUGUGCCUCGAGUUAUUCUUAUUCAAUAAUAAUGAAACAAAAAAAUGUUUUGAUCUCACAUAUCUCGUCUUUUGAUGGCGAACAAAAGGAUAUAUUUGGCUAUUCUGGAAUUUUGAUUUCGAAAAAUUGGGUGCUCACACAUGGUUCAUUAAUUAGUGGAUUAAUACAAAAUAAUGGAGAAAUUGCAAAUUUAUUUGCUAAUUUGAAGGUGAAUGAAUUUUUCAAAAUUCCCCAAAAAUUGUGUGAUUUGUUAAAAUUUCGUAUUUUUUGGGAGAAAUCAUCGAAUAAAGAAAUUGAGGAAAAUGAAAGCAUUGUAGUAUUGGCUUGGAAAUGUUCAAUUUUAAAGGAAACAUUCGAUAAUCUCUUUACAUCUUGGAAAUUUAAUAAACUACUCGAUAAACGUAAUGAUUCAAUGUUGCCAGUAUUUUUGAUAAUAGGACUUAAAGUACAAUUUUAUGAAAAUUCAAUUUCAUCUGCUCGUGAGGCUUUAAAUUGUUUUAUUGAAAAAGAUCUCGUUUAUCCAGUGAGAGGAUUUAUUGCAGAAAUUGAAUCAACGCCAUUUGGUAAUCCAAUAUUUAUCAAUUCAAUUGCACGUGGCGUUAUUAGUAAUAUUGUUGGUGAUGAAAAUUGUAUUAUUUUAUCUGACGCUAAUUCGGUGCCAGGUUGUGAAGGUGGUCCAGUUUACAUCAUUAACGAUGGAGAACGACAAAUUUGCGGAAUGGUGAUAGCUCCGUUAAGUUGGUGUCGAGGCGAAUGGGUCGAUUACACAUUUAUAGCAAAUUUAAAAGCGUGCUUUAGCCGAGGUGUCCCUCAACUGCAAUUUUGCCAAUUAUUAAAAAAUCGACGAUGCCUUGACGAUAUAAACUUGAGAAGUGAAAACUGUAAAUUAGCCGAUAUGUUAGAUAAGUGCGUUGUACCUGUUCAAUGUGGUUCAUCCUGGGGAACUGGAAUUCUUAUCGAUUUAAAAUCUGGUACAAUAUUAACGUGUUCUCACGUUGUGAGAGAGGCGCCAGUCAGCGACAUCAAGGUUAUGCUUAAUAGGGAUGAAAACAAGAAUAAGAAGAAGCAUGCUUCGCCCACGAGGGCAAAAUUAGUUUACAGGACACCCGAUAACAAGCCAUAUGACGUCGCUGUGUUGAGGGUCAAUCCAGAGGAAGUGGACCCCUCACUGAGGUCUAUAUAUAUUCAGGGCACUUCUGUAUCUCGAGGAGAGAUUGUGGCAACAGCAGGAUUUCCAUUUUUCUCGUCGAGUUUGCCAACGAUAAGCAAAGGAAAUGUGUCAAGAUCCUUGCCAUGCAUGCUGCAAACCACCUGUUGCGUUCAAAGUGGAACUAGUGGUGGUCCAAUUGUUUGUUGGUCGACUGGAGAGAUGCUGGGGAUGAUCGUAUGUAAUGCAAUCUCAUCAAACAAUUUGGAACUUUAUCCACGACUCAAUAUGGCAAUUCCAGCUUCAAUUUUAAAAAUACCAAUUGAACAAUAUCUUCAAACAAAUGAUGCCAAAGUCCUCGAAGCUCUCGCCAGUCAAGAUGCAGUCGUGCAUCAAACGUGGGAUUUACAUCUGAUGAUUCCUCGAUCAAAAAUGUGAAUCACGCUCGCAGCAAUACUUCUCAUAUAUUAUACCAGUCACUUUCAACUGUCUGUAUCAAAUUAUUUUUUUUUAGGAAUUAAAAAGGGGAAAUUAAUUAAUACAAUUAAAUUUUUUUUGUUCUUUUGUAAAAGAAAAUUACACAAUAUUAUUAAUUAUAAUAAUUCAAAAACGUUUAAUAUUAUAAAUAAUUUAUAGAAAAAAGAAAAAUUGGAAUUUAUUCAGUUCGCUUUUUUUUAUAAAUAAAUCUUGAUGUAAAGAUGCGAUAGAAAUACACCUUGUGACGUGAAAUCCUCAAGAGCAAUUAAUCUGAUUGACGAUUUUAAAAUACAAAGCACAGAGAAAUGAAGCGUCAGAGCCGCGAAGAGUCGUUACAAAAAAUAUUCGCGAAAAUAAUAAUUCUUGUCGUUAUA